AUGCUGCCGCCGGUGCCGGACCUAAGAGAUUACGGCCUGUCCCCCACCAACGGCUUCUUACCCGAGACUUUACCACUGGCGAGACUGCCCGACCCCUAUUACAACAAAUGGGAAGCGAUCGUAUCAAACCUGCAGGCUCUUGUGCUCAGUCGCCGUCUCCGUGGCAUCAUCGCUAAUUUGCCUGUUCUUUCGACAGUGGGACUCGAGAACGAGGCAGAAUGGCGCCGAGCAUACUCACUUCUCGGCUUCAUGCUCCAUGCUUAUGUCUGGGGCGGCGAUGCACCGGCUGACAGAAUUCCCGAGUCCAUCUCAAUACCUUUACUUGAGGUGUCAGCUCAUCUUGAGCUGCCACCCGUUGCCACCUAUGCCGCCGUCUGCUUGUGGAAUUUCAAGCCGCUCUUCCUCGAUGAGGGUAUCGAUAAUCUGGAAAAUUUAUCGACACUCAAUACGUUCACAGGCUCCAUGGACGAGUCGUGGUUCUACCUCGUGUCUGUUGCUAUUGAGGCCCGCGGAGCCCCCAUUGUGCCGCUGAUGCUCGGUGCUAUGAAGGCAGCCCAGGAAGGCGAUGUCACAUCCGUCACGCAAAGUCUGCGCGCAUUCGCAGAGCGCUUGACCGAUUUGACAAACAUUCUGCAGCGCAUGCAUGAGAGCUGUGACCCCACCGUCUUCUACCAUCGCAUACGACCUUUUCUAGCAGGCAGCAAGAACAUGGCCGAAGCGGGGCUGCCUCACGGCGUCCUCUAUGAGACCGGCACGGGCACGGAAGAGUAUCGACAAUACAGUGGGGGAAGCAACGCGCAGAGCAGCUUGAUUCAGUUCUUCGACAUUGCUCUCGGGAUUGAGCAUCGGCCAACAGGUGAACGGCGUGUAGAUGCAUCACAUGACACUGCCGGAGAUCCGUCACAACGCCACAACUUCAUUCGAGAAAUGCGCAACUACAUGCCUGGAGCGCAUGCCCGAUUCUUGGAGGAUGCCUCAAGGGCCUCAAAUAUACGGUCAUUUGUGGUGGAGCACCAAAACGAAGAGCUGUCACUGGCCUACGAUGCGUGCCUAGCGAUGCUGAGUGCUUUCCGCGACCAGCAUAUCACGAUCGUGACUCGGUACAUUAUAACGCCAUCGCGCGAAGUGCGAGCCCGCAGUCGAUCUAGGAGUCCUGAAGCUGUCCGGCAGCGCAACAACAUUGCCGUUGCUUCGACGAAGGGCAAGUCUCAGGCCCAAAAAGGCACUGGUGGAACGGCUCUCAUACCCUUCCUGAAACAGGCCCGUGAUGAGACUGGCGACCCGGCGGUUCACUCUUGGACAAAACGUUUCAUGAAGAGGCAGGUGCGCCCUGAUGGUGAGAGCCGUGAUCGACACCCCAACGAUCUUGUGGAGGACGUCGAGGUCAAGGGCCUCGCAGGCUCUUGGACGAUGGAUGAUGACAUUGGUGGUAUAUGUUCAUACUAA